CUAAAACAUAUUUUAAUCCGAACGCAUUUUUUCUGCCGUCUACUUGGCGGAAGGGCUGGCCGGGUGGCGCGCCGCUGUCUGUGUGAUGCGUCGUCCGUGUUGCGCGUGGAUGCUUCCGCUUCCUAUGCGUUUCCGAUGCUUCGUUGGUGUUGCGCCAGGACACUUCUUUUCCCUAUGAUCGUCAUGUCGACUCAACCUAAAACGCACUCUCCUAUCCAUCGUUCUCCUCUUCUUCACCACCCUGGCGAGGGGGCGUCGCCGUUGGCCAAGAGGCCUAGGAGGAUGACGACGAUGGCGGCUUCUGGUCCCGCGGACUCCGCCAUGAAGGAAACCUUUGGUUAUUAUGCUCAAUACCUCAACGAGCUGAAUGAAAAGCGAGAGAGGGUUGUAAAGGCAAGUCGAGAUGUGACUAUUAACAGCAAAAAGGUUAUAUUUCAGGUGCAUAGGAUAAGUAAUCACAAUAGAGAAGAAGUGCUAGAGAAGGCUGAAAAAGAUCUGUCACUAGUUACUGACCAGUACAUGGCACGGUUGGUGAAUGAAUUACAAGGGAGUGACUUUUGGAAGCUUAGGAGGGCGUAUUCACCUGGAGUCCAGGAGUAUGUUGAAGCUGCAAGCUUAUGCAAAUUUUGCAAAUCUGGGACACUGUUGACACUUUCCGAGAUCAACAAAAGUUUGUUAUGUCUGAGUGAUAAAUUUGCGGAGCCAUUGCAAAUUAACAUUCUUGACUAUCUGCUAGGGAUUGCGGAUUUGACGGGAGAACUGAUGAGGCUAGCCAUUGGCCGGAUAUCAGAUGGUGAACUUGAAUAUGCUAAGAUGAUAUGUGGAUUUGUACGUGAUAUUUACAAGGAACUGACCCUUCUUGUCCCUGAUAUGGAAGAGAACUCUGAUAUGAAGAAAAAAAUGGAGACAAUGCUUCAAAGUGUUAUCAAGAUUGAAAAUGCAUGCUAUAGCGUUCAUGUUAGAGGGUCAGAGUACAUUCCAUUGCUUGGAUCAAGCGACCCCAACUUUUCUCUCUUUGGAAUGAUAGACCUGGAGAUGUGAUGAGAAUGACAUCGCUGGAGAUACUUAGCAUUUUUGCGAUCAGAAGAGGCCUUUUUUACCCCUUUAUUGCGCUGAUGUGCACUUUCUCAUAUUUCUUGCAGACCAAUUCCUUUGAGUACCAUCUACACCAUCUGGUUGUCAGUUGUGUUUAACUUUUUUGCCGCAGCAUAUGACUUAGUAAAAUGAUGUGGGCCAUUAAUUUCGUCUUUCACCUCUUAAGAGUAUGUAUUCAGUUGUACCGAAUUUUCUGGGUGAGGAUUAUGUUGCUUGUGUACAUGGACUUGUCUAUGGUAAAAAUAUACACAGAAACGGUUCAGGAACGCUUCCAAAACUCAGUGCCGCUUCACUCUGAUUUGGUUGCACCCUUGAUUUAUUUGCACUGAAAUUUAUCAUGGACACAGAAAAGUAAUUAUCCAUGUAUCACUUUAUGCUAUGAGCAGAUGCUUGAUUGUGCUCAUGCCAAUAAGAGCUCCCUCCACUUGGCUAACGGAUUGGACUUGCAAGCUGACGGAGGUAAACACUCGAUACCUGUAGUGUGGGGUCUUUGGCAUAAUUUGGUAAACGCCUGCUUAUGGUUCAGAAAAAGAAAGAGGCCUUCUUACUUCAUAUAGAUGUUGAUUAGCAAUUGUUACACCGGGAUCUACGUUCACUGGAAUUGGUAAUGGCCUUUCACAAUUACAUGAAGUUUUUGCAUGUUAAGGGUGCUUGUCAGUCGCUUAUGGCUGAUCAUGGGCUGCGACUUUUGGUUCCACAGGUAACCUUCCAGGACUGAAGUUUUUUUUACUCCAAAGCUUUAAAUUGUCAAAGAGGUGAUUAUUAUAUAUAUGACAAUGUUAGGCCAUGUCCAUGAGGGCCAUGCAGUGGUUUCUUUGUUGUAAGAACAAUUGACAUUUGGACCUGGGAUCAAGCUUUACUGCAUCUAGUUUUUCUAAAGUAUGGUAUGUAUUUGACCUUGCUGAGAAUUUUAAGACUGUUUACCUGCCAUUAUGUGACUUCAUGCUUUUAUUCCA